GAUCACAGGAGUGUCCGGUGGCAACAGAAGAGAGUGCAGCUAGAAUUCAUGCCUUGGUAUCAUCAACGUGCAAGCCAUGGAAAUAACAAUAAAGAGUUUUCCCAUGAAGGUUGUCAAUAUUCCGUGGAGAAAUAACAACUUGAGUAAUCUGCAUACGGAACCUCCUCUGUCUGAACAUGGAGAGACCAUCAUUGGGGUCUACCUGCUGGUAUUAGGAUGGCUGUCCUGGUUCGGGAACAGUUUAGUGAUUUUUGUUCUGUACAAACAAAGAUCCUCACUGCAGCCGACAGAUUUCCUGACUUUAAAUCUCGCCAUCUCGGACGCCAGCAUCUCAGUAUUCGGCUACUCCAGAGGAAUCCUGGAAAUAUUCAACAUCUUCAAGGAUGACGGUUUUCUAAUCACUUGGAUUUGGACCUGUCAGGUGGACGGUUUCUUCACGCUGAUGUUUGGCCUGGCGAGCAUCAACACCUUGACUGUAAUCAGUGUGACCAGAUACAUCAAGGGAUGCCAUCCCAACAAAGGUUGCUGCAUCACCAUGAACACCAUAGCAAUAUCACUGAUCUGCAUCUGGACCGGAGCAGCGUUUUGGUCCACUGCACCAUUGCUGGGCUGGGGAAGUUAUACAGAUCGAGGAUACGGAACAUGUGAGGUGGACUGGUCCAAAGCUAAUUAUUCCACCAUCCAUAAGGCCUACAUCAUCUCUAUCCUCAUCUUCUGCUUCUUCAUCCCUGUGAUGAUCAUGCUCUUCUCCUACAUCUCCAUCAUCAACACUGUGAAAAGCACUAACGCCAUGUCAGCGGAUGGUUACAUCACCGCCCGGCAAAGGAAGGUGGAGAGAGAUGUCACAAGGAUCGCCAUAGUCAUUUGCACUGCUUUCAUCAUGGCCUGGUCGCCAUACGCAGUCGUGUCCAUGUGGUCGGCUUGGGGCUUCCACGUCCCAAGCACAACCAGCAUCUUCACCCGCCUCUUUGCCAAGUCCGCCAGCUUCUACAACCCUCUCAUCUACUUCGGUAUGAGCUCCAAAUUCCGCAAGGACGUGUGCACUCUACUGCCAUGUUCACGGGAGAACAGGGAUGUGGUUCGCCUGCAACGCUUUAAAAAUAUCAAGCUCAAGACUGAGGCUACACUCCCACCCGCACCCCCGCUUGUCCAGGUACUGGAGGCCAAAUACACAGCGAAAGAAGUGAUGCAGUACAAUCCUGAUAGUGACUCAGGAGUCAACAGUCCUCCUGAGACUCCUCCAUCUGACACACAGGAGAUCUUCCACAUCGAUGUGCCGUCCCAUAUUGAAACCUCAGAGUACUGUUGUGACAGACUCUAAAGACUGAAACCAUGCGACUUGAACUAAUACUUGAAUUAUGAUGGGGAAUUCAGACAGAAUUUUCUAUUUUUUGGUCUUACCCAUGUUAAAAAAGACGUACAAUGCUUUGCUACUUUCAAUAAAGUUAUGUAUUGUCUAAAGGUUAA